AUGUGUGGCGGCCGUGACUUACACCAGGUGAGUCUUGGCAGUAGUGUGUUUUGUGUAUACAGCGACAACGCAGCUGCUUGGCAACAUGUGACAUGUGAAGUGGACAGUAUGGCAACUCCAGUGUCCGAGGACUUAGAGGUCAGUGGACAAGAGGGCAGGAGAGGCUCUGGAGACGCGUUACUCGCCGCCUUCGAGUCUCUUCUGCAGGAGACAGACAGUGCUGCCCGGGAGUCCUCACCAACAACCAAAUGGUCGUCUGAAGAGCUGCUGGCGUCAUGCGAGGCACUACUGGAUGAUGUCCGUGAAGCCCUCAUGAUACAGGAGCUGACCUUGCCUGCUGGUGAUCACCCUCCAGGACACGCUCACUCCUCAACCUGUGUUUAUGUCUCUCCCUCACAAGUCCCAUCAGAGUCUUCAAGGAUACCGUCAUUAUUACCAUCUUUACCAUCAACAUUACACUCAUUGCCAGCAGUAGUGCCAACUAAAAAACCCUCAGUAACAACAUCUCCACCUGGGUGCUCAGGAAGAAGUGAGCAGCGUGACCCAGGUGUGAUCACUAGAGCAUCAGCAGCAGCGGGCCAGUGUUUCCCCCGGGCUGGCAGCUCGCGGGACCCCAUCAUCCUGGGAGGGUGUAGCGGGUGUGUGUGCUCGCCCUCACAGUGCCACGCCUACCCCACAUCGCCACCACUACCCUACGACACCCAACAUUCCUCCCCACCGCACACACCUGCUUGGGACUCACCGCAACUUAUGUCGUCUCUCAUACACGCAGAACGUUCGCCACCGAUGGCUCGGAAAUCCUUGUCGCACCGGCUGUGUGAAGCACCACCUGCCUCUCAUCCCCAGCUGAUGCUGACUCUACCGCAGCACCACUCAUCAGCCUUAGUCAUAUCCCCACCUCAGUCACUCUUUCAACAAGAAAUGUCACUUGAAGAUUCACCACCGCCAGUAAAAUCACCACUAGAACAGCCAGCACUGGUAGUAGAACCACCACUAGAGCCAACCUUACCAUUGGUAGGGACACCUCCCUUACUGCAGUCCCAAGUGAUGUUAAAAUCAUGUUCAUCCGUGAAGUUCACUUGUCCGGAAAAAAGUGCAGUAGGUGUGUCAGUUACAUUAGAAGACCCAGCACGAGUGGAUGAGUCAUCUACCCCAGAAGUCUUGGGUGUGAAUGGCUGGGUUGACAAGGUGGAGCGAGCGUGGCAGUCUUUGACAGUGCCCGACCCUGCGUCCUCACCUCUGCCACACCAGCUGAUGCAGCUACCGGGAGAGGAACAGCUAAUGGAGAAACACCACUGCUCGCCUCACCGUAAACGCGAGAUGGGUCACUUGUACCAGCAACAUGGUGACCACACUUUUUGCCACAGCUGCACCACUGUAACGUCAUCUCCAGCUCAGGUGGGGCUCCAAGCUUGCCCAAUUAAUACGCAUGCCCACAUCCCUCUGUCUGUCGACCACAUCUCAGACACUAAUAAUGUCGCCGUGAAUGAUUGUUUGGAAGGUAAAGCCGGCCACCGCCAGCAUAGGGGGUCUCUCAGUCACAAUACAGAAAAGGUCUUGGGUAUAGAGGAAAGAAAGUGUGGUGGCGCCGCUUGUUCGCCGAGUAGAGCACAAGUGGUCAGCAACACUUGGCUCCUUAACACUAGCUUGUCUCCUGACAGCAGCUCUUGUCCCAGCCUUGAUAAUGUACUUGUUGGGGAUACUCUCUUUUCUGACAGUGAUGAGGAUCAGUCUAUCUUCAGCUUCAAGACUUGUAGUUCGGGUGAUGACGAGAGUGAGAGCAUUGGUGAUGAUGGUGGCGCCUGGUGCUCCUGUGGCGAGGUCUCCGCUACUGACGGUGAUGCGGGGACAGAUGCCGAUAGUGAAUAUAGCCUCGAUGGGUUCUUGCCAUCUACUGAGGAUCUCUGGCAGUGGAACCCUUCAUACGAAGAUGACGACCAGAUAGGCGCGCCUGUCUUUACUAGUGGAGACGACGACAGUGACACAGGCACGGUGGCAUCACAGAUAUUACGAGGACAACACACGGCCCGGUGCCAAGUCUUGUUGUCCAGAGAUGUGCCAGGCUUUCCUGCCUGCAUGGCGACUCAUGGGCAAAUUUUAUUUACAUCAGCAGAUGGUGACCGGCUCUCAGAGCGGAGACAAGGGAACUUGCUGUGGGCAGAAAAGAACAGCAAUCCACCGGAUAGUGUCUGUGACCGUCACUGUGUGCAGGCAUCACACCCUGCAAGUUGUGGGUGGUCGUGUGGCACUGGUGGAGCACAGUGUGUGUCGCUAACCACUCAUGGUGCCAAUGGCCUCUCAUUUCAUGCCCAAACUGGUGACUGCGUAGACCGUUUGGCCUUGGACACUCACAGCUCUCGCACACACUCAGCUUUACUCCCACAACGCCCAACUACCAAGCAGCAUCUGGCGACAGUCAUCCGUCGCCGGGUAGUGUGUGCUACGGAUAAGGAGGAGGCCGAGGAGGGGGCAUCUGGAGUAGCGGGAGAGAGGAAGGAUGGGUCGGCCCCGCCUCAAACGCUGCCAUCAGUGCCCCAUGAACUGUGCCGCGACCAGCAAGUGGUGCACCGCCCUCCUGAUCCUCUUCUCUGUCCCAGCCAAUCCCACCACCACACCCACACUGCUGGCGGCCCUCACCAGCUUUACACAAACGACCAAAAUUUGAUGGCAGACAUGUUUAGUGACAGCGGUUGUACCAUUAGAAAUACUGGUGAGAAACGGGUUACUGUCAUAAGCGUGGACGACAGUGACUGUGGAACCUGUUUAGACCUGGACCCCGUCAACCGUAUUGAGAGUGACCCAGGCGUAGAGGAUGAAAACCCUCGACCACCAGCGAGGUCAGUAGUGAUACCUAAACUUGAACCAUCUGACCAGGAUCACUCAGCACACAGCAUAACUACUGAGGUUGAUCCUGACGAGAAAAAUCCAUUCGUGGAUUUUGAUGGAGGUGUUUUAGUGGUGAUGCCAACGAGUGAUACAGUAAAAUGUGACCAAAAUGAUACCAUGGAGGAUUGUGUCGGCAUUUGUGGCGUGAGUAGUGACACUGACGUCAUGAGGUGUGACGUCAUAGGGAGGGGUCCCCAGCCCACCAGUAAUGGGCCAUAUAUAAGUGAUAGUGUGUUGCGUACACAGCCAAGUUUGUUUUCGGAAGCAGUGAUGCCCGUUGCUUCUUUGCGUAACUCUAUUGGUAUUUCUUGGUCUCCUGCUUCUACUGACGCCCUUGCUAGUGCCCUCAACACGAUGAGCCCCGGAGUGAAUGCCUCCUCCCACCUCACAUUCUCGUCGCCCCUCCCCUUCCCCUCUCGUCCUCAACAGCUGCCCCAGCUAUCACCACCGCUUCAGGCAACAGGGGCGGAUCCCAUGUGUGUCGCGGUGCAGAGAAGCGGCUCUGUGGCACACCAGUCUCCUCGUCCCUCCACGGGGCCAACACAAGGCUCCACCAUCAGCCCUUCUUUGUCUUCACCUCCGGAAUGUCUUAAGAAACCACGAGUAUUAUUACCCGAAGAAAGUGAUAAGUAUUAUUGUUUACCCAGCACACAGGUGAGCAAGAAGAGAAUGAUGAAGACGGGGUGUGAAGGGAAGGAGGAAGUAAGAGAAGCUGUUGGCGACGAGGGAAGUGCUGAGAGUGAUGUGUUUGUGGUGGUGAAACGAGGAGGACAACCUGGGGUGCCUGCUGCCACACUACCUGGGGCUACUUCGCCCAGUGGCACACUGCUCGCUACCUCCCCUUGCUCCGCCACCUCACCUCACAAGUCCCUUCACACUAGUGCGCCAGAAAGCAGAUGUUACACUGUCAACAGCGGGGUUGGCAUGUGUGGCAGGGACUGUCGUGACGGUGGACAAAGCCAGCGUGACACUAGACAAAACUACCAUAAAACUGAGGAAGACUACCGAGAUUCAGGAUUACAUUGGCACAACCGUAAACAAUACUUAAGUGAAAGUGAACAAAAGUGGUGUAAUAACAGACAAAAUAAAGGUGAGAGUAAAGGGGGUGGACGUGAAAGUGGGUGGUGGGAUGGAGAGAAUGACUGUGGGUUGGUACACGCCCGCCCGGCCGUCGUCCUGCAGGACUGUCCCCCACAUUACCCUAUACACCCGUCGCUCGCCUCCCCGCCUUUACCUCACACUGACGACGCUCCCCACAAACACAGUUUUAGUCGAGGAGGACAAGAGUAUGAAGGGUGCAGGAGCGCGGCACUGUCGCUGGACUCGUGCGACCUAGCCUGGUGGCAGCAUGAGAGCGAGUGCCAAGUGCCACAGCAGGCUGGCACUGGUGGCGGGUUGGCGGGCAGUUGUGGCCAUGGCACGGUGGGGGAGGCACACCUCGCGUGGUGUCCGGGGGAGGUGAUAGGAUCACUUCAGGUGCUCGUGGGGGACGUAUUGUGGAGCUAUCCUGUAUAUGGCACUGUGGACCAGUGCCAUCAUGAUCUUAGUGUUGAAUGGCAACUAGUGCUGGCUGGCCAGGGCUGGCACGUGGCUAUAAAUAGUGUUGGUGAACUAGUGACCAUGAGUAGUGACAACAACAAUAUGGCGGGCAUAGCGCCCUCGUCCUCCUCUCUCAAACCUGAGUCACCCACAGCUUCCAGGUCUAUAUACGGUUUUAAAAUUGUCAACAGUGAAAAGGCUAAAAUGAGGAACUUGUUGCCUGUAUUCAACAACAGCAAGAGUUCCUCGACGAGGGACAUUUCCAACACAGUGACCUUCCGGGUCAAGGGAGACUCCACCUGGCAGACUCACCGGCCUAACAGGAACUCUGAUAUGUGUGACAUGCAGAUGUAUCGCGGCUCUGACACGAGGAGCUGCACCCCUGGGCUCCCUGAGGACAGUGAUGGGGGCGCCUUCAUCAAGCUAUGUGGCGUCAACUUGGGCUCCCGCCCCUCCUCACCCGACCCAUACCCUCUCUUCCGUUGCCACACACUACCACGGAAGGCGCCGCACUUACGGUUGCCGUCGAUGACUCCGUGGCCGCAGGAGCCGCUAGCGUCGCCCGAUACUUUUCCAGAAUCUGAUGUGUCGGCAUCAGAGCCACCGUCACCCCGUUUACAGCAAGAGCACGAUGCAGUUGUACAAGAUGUACUGGAUGCACGACAUGACCUUUUUGCAGACACACCUGUUGAUGUCGCGUUUUAUGGUAAUGGGACGAGGUCUAGGGGUGAGGAAGACACCGGCGGAAGUAUUGGUAUGAACGAGACGGCAGGCGAGGGACCACAGCUACACCUGUCAGAGCCAACACCGCCUUGGUCACACACACCUUCGUUGCAGCAGUGGUAUCCUGCCCCUGCCACUCACUCAGGUGUUCACCCCUACAGUAGACCCACCACACAAGGUGUCAGUCAUACCCCAGGCCAUACAUGGGCGCCUCCUGGUGUUCACCGGGUUGGAAGUGGCAACACCACUCCCCGGCCAUACACGGGUGCUCAUAGUCACCAGCUCCCGCACCAUACUGACACAGCCAUGGGUCUGUUUAUUCCUCCAUAUGAAAAGAAGAAAGAUGCUCUGGGAGGGGAAGGAGUAAGCAGCAUCAGUAUGGGGAUGGCAGCACCAGCACCAUUGUCUUCCUUUGGUGUUGAACGUCAACCUCCCCAGCAGGCAGGUACUAAACCAGCACCCACCGGGGAUGUUCAACUCACUAUUUACGAAGAAAAUUUUUUGUCUCCUCCACCUGGUGCUGCUCCUCUUAAUAAUGGGGUGUCUUGUGGACGAGGUGUUAACACAGCCUCGACUCUCCACGCACCAACAAGUGGCCACCGUAGCGCUGAUGUUGUAAAUGAUGGGCUUGCCAUCAGUGACGUUUCCAUCGCCAGCGCCGCCGCCAGCGGCAGCUGCGCUACUUCACAGAUGACAUCAACAGACACUUGGCUCAAUACCUCUCAGCCCCCACCGCCGGAUGACGCAGGUUGCGCCACUUCAACAGUACCUCGGGACGCCUCCACCCGUGGCCCCAUGAUAGAGGCGCCAUAUACUGAUGGUUGCCUCAGACGACCUGUUGAGGGAGCAGGUAUGACCAUUUUCGAGAGUCAGCGAGUCAACACCACAACACCAAAGAAUAAUGGGGAUAAUUUUCCCAUGUUAAGAAUUGAUGAGCCUCCCUUGGCUGUGUUGACGCCACAAACUACUAUUCCUAAGCCUCCUGAACGUGAGUCUUCAAAAAUGAAAAUUUACAAGAGAGACAACAUAAUGCCACAUUUUACUCAAAACGGAGCUUCUGUGCAACAAACUAGGCCUGAAAAAACAUUGUUGCCAGCCGGUCUUGCUCAGCUAGGCAACACAAAGCCCUCUCAUACACAAAAAUGUCUUCCCAAGGUAGUCCCCGCCACAACAGAACUUUAUGGUGAUCUAACAGAACUCACAGAGGAAGUGACCGCCACAACAGUACUUUGUGGUGAUCUAACAGAACUCACAGAGGAAGUGACCGCCACAACAGAACUUUGUGGUGAUCUAACAGAACUCACAGAGGAAGUGACCGCCACAACAGAACUUUGUGGUGAUCUAACAGAACUCACAGAGGAAGUGACCGCCACAACAGAACUUUGUGGUAAUCUAACAGAACUCACAGAGGAAGUGACCGCCACAACAGAACUUUGUGGUAAUCUAACAGAACUCACAGAGGAAGUGACCGCCACAACAGAACUUUGUAAUCUAACAGAACUCACAGAGGAAGUGACCGCCACAACAGAACUUUGUGGUGAUCUAACAGAACUCACAGAGGAAGUGACCGCCACAACAGAACUUUGUGGUAAUCUAACAGAACUCACAGAGGAAGUGACCGCCACAACAGAACUUUGUGGUAAUCUAACAGAACUCACAGAGGAAGUGACCGCCACAACAGAACUUUGUGAUAAUCUAACAGAACUCACAGAGGAAGUGACCGCCACAACAGAACUUUGUGAUAAUCUAACAGAACUCACAGAGGAAGUGACCGCCACAACAGAACUUUGUGAUAAUCUAACAGAACUCACAGAGGAAGUGACCGCCACAACAGAACUUUGUGAUAAUCUAACAGAACUUACAAAGGAAUUAAACACAGCAGAACCUUGUGACAGAAGAGAAAGUUCCUCACAAACACUGACAGGGUCAAUAGAACCUUGUGAUAGCCUUACAGAACUCUCACAAACAAUGACUGUUACACCAGAACCUUGUCAUGGUCAAGAAGAACGUUCACGGGUAGUGAGUGAGCCAAGAGAACUUCUAGUUGGUCAACAAGAACCCUCGCUGUCAGUCAUUGAGCCAAUAGAAUUAUCUCAUAGUCAAGAAGAACUUCCAACAACUGUUACUAGGGCAACAGAACCGUGUCACAAUUUGGAAGAACUUCCCCAGACAGUGACUGAGCCAACAGAACCUAGGUAUGAUGCAGAAGAACCUUCACAGACAGUGACUGAGCUAACAGAACCUAGGUAUGAUGCAGAAGAACCUUCACAGACAGUGAUUGAGCCAACAGAACCUAGGUAUGAUGCAGAAGAACCUUCACAGACAGUGACUGAGCUAACUGAACCUAGGUAUGAUGCAGAAGAACCUUCACAGACAGUGAUUGAGCCAACAGAACCUAGGUAUGAUGCAGAAGAACCUUCACAGACAGUGCCUCAUGAUCAAGAAAAAUUCUCGCAGACAGUGACUGAGCCAACAGAACCUUAUCAUGACCAAGUACCUUCACUGACAGUAACUACCCCAACAGAACCUAGCCGCGAAGAGCUUGGUCCAACAGAGGUUGAUGGUACUACAAGUGUCACCACAGAACUGCUCCCUAAUAAGUGCACUGUCAGUAACCUGGAGGCUGUGUGUGUACCACUUGGCAGUCCACCGUCACCGGUAGAAGACGUGGAAGAAGGAACAACCACCUCUACACCAUCAGCUCCACCGUGUGUGGUUCCUCACUCACAAAACCAUACUUUACAUGCUGAUGAUUUUGUGUAUUCCGAUGCCAUUCAGAAAGUAGACAAUAAAUUGUUACAUAUUACAAAACUGUUUACUCCAGGCCAGGGGGAGAAGGUUGAGGGACAGAAGCACCAGGACAGUGUUACAGUGGUGAUUGAUGGUGUUGAUGACGUCACCAACCAACACGGCUCUGACAGUGUUUGUGAAAACUCUGAAGUGACUGAAGAGCUUCUUGUGGUAAGAGACUCCUCCUCCUGUGUGAGUGAUGAUGAAACGAAGGAUAGGACUGCUGGUUGUAGUGACAAAGAUGCUGCCCCACCGUGUGAUAAUAAUGAAGGGGUCGUGACAGAAGAUAACUGUGAGGCGAUGAGGAAACAACCUGUAGAAAGAGGUGCAAGGGGAGGCACGGCAAGCAGGGAGGGUAGCCUGGGCGUUGAGCCAACGACUUGUUUAGUAGGUCGAGGGACGGGGGUCAGCGAACGGGCGGCGCUCAUCACCCGCCAGCAACAGGUGGGCCGCCCAACGCCUCCACGGUGUACACGGUUCCCUUUAGACAUUAUCUGUGGCACGAAGUUCCAGCUCCAGCACAAGGCAGGUGAACACUCCCCGUCCAGGUUAACCAGACACAGGCUCUCGUCUCUGGGCCACGUGCAACCCCUCACCCUCAGUCCCAGCCAAGCUAACAAUGGCGCCAGGUCCAAGUCGGCAUCACGCAUCGGCUCCGGCCACGCUGAGUCUCUUCCGUACACACACGAGUCGGGUUUAUGUGGAGGUGGCACGGAGGGGUCCAACUCCAACAAACCCGAGAAUAACUUAAAAGCGUUGCCACCCGUCCCUCCUCCUCCUCCUCCUCCUCCUUCUGUCCUUCCAAUAGAUGCCGUUUUAGAAAAUAAGAUCAAGCUGACCAUAGACUCGUGUGCCGGUAAUGUAUCAAAUGAUAACAAAGUAGUUGAACCAGUGGAGGCACCAGCUCACUGGCUCACUGGCGGUACUGAGGAGAACAUUGAACCUGAUGGACCACCUGAAGUUUACAAAGAUGACAGGAUCGAGAGUGAUUGGGAAACAUCAGGACAAACUAUCACAGAAGCGUCUUGUCAGUGUUCGAAUGACUCUCAUAAGAAUGUGAGUUCCACCGUGGUUGAGAGUGUAAGUGUCGAUCAGGUGUUAGUGCCAGUUGAUGAAGAACCACCAGGAAUAGUAGAAGGAUACUUCAAAGGUGACACUUCUGAAUUGGUUGUUCCUUUAAGUGGUUUAAACGAUCUUGAAGUAGACCAAGCCAGAGGAGAUUCAGAAGUACAAUGUGUAAACAAAGUGUCGCCGCCACACCCAAGUGUCUCACGUCAAGAUGACCCCAGUAAGGAGGAUUUACGACCCAUCAUAAAGGAAACUACUCCGCCAAGCACAGCAGGCGAGGAGAGGGGAGGACACUUGCAGGAUGAGGAGCCGCACCACAAGUCACACCAGGAACAACAGAAGCAAGAGGAACCAAAGAAACAGAAGAACCAAGAACAGAAGCAACAAGAAGGGAGUGAAGUGUCAGAGGAGAGUGUUGAGGUGUUGACAGCAGCUGUGCCUGCCGCUCACACUCCUGCUGGCGUGAGUCACCAGCCCCACCAGACAAUAUCCCCUGAGUCUCCACAUGAAACUGACUCAUCACGGAGAGCUUCUCUUCUGAAUUUUGAGCCAAAUAUCCUGUACAUAGAUGAGAGCGAGUCUGGCUCAGACUUGGGUGAACAUUUCUCAGAGGAAGCGUCGGAUGAACCUUCAUCUGACACCAAACACGAGUGUGUUGGUCCGGAAGUUACAACUGACACCUACAGUAGGGAGGGGUGUGACAAGGGAGACCAACAGGCAGACAACGGACCCCAGGCUCCGUUUCCACACCCACUAACUCCCCCUCCACAAACUCACACCUUAACUGGGGAAGAUAUUGUGCAGUUAUCGCCCAACGAAACUCCUGUUACAAUAAAUAAAGUCGUCUGUGAGUUGGAACGAAAUGACUCAGUCAGCAGCGAUGAGGUAGUUCCCCAGCCACAGUAUGUGGUGGGUGUAGACACAGCAGCGGCUCCACCGCUAGUGUGCGAUCGACGCAGCCUUGGGAGAGACGAGUCGGUGGAGGAGUACGAGCAAGCCCUGGAGGUAGUCACACCCGACCCCAGUCAUGGGUUCAGCCACAGCUCGGCCAGCGUAGCCACCGUUGUGCGCGUUGACACCCCCAACAGUCCACACAACCACAUGCAUCUUGCUGAUGAUGAACUCGAGGAUGAAUUUGUUGACGCCAGUGACACCAUAGAUACUGUUAAGGGUGACGCGUGCCUGGUGAAGACAAUACCUGACCUCGUCCCUCCUCACCACACCCACAGCUGCUCUCUGACCUCACAGCCAGUUACUGCGGUGGGUGUUACUUCACGAGAGGCAGUAAUAUCUGGGACAAUUUCAGUGAGCACAUCAGACUUGCAGUCAUCAGGCACUUCCUGUGUAUCAUCAGGGGACAUGUCUGGCACUCACUCAGGAGGUAUCGUCGGUACCCUCUCAGUGAGCCCCUCGGGAGGGUUGUCGGACCUAUUGCUCCAAGACUCCUGCCACCUGCCUAUUGCUUCUCAGAACACAGGAAGCGACGCGCCCGAGGAUGGAUCAGUAUCGUCGGGAAGUCACUUAACCGACCCUGAUAUGUUGGCUUCAGCCUCAGCUUCGUCGACUGGGUCUGAGACGUGGUGGACCUCGGGUGGUGGUCCCGUGGCGCGACGAGACCUGCUGCCUCUGGACGAGGACGAAGACGAGGCACAUUGGCGCGCGUUGCUUGCCGUUAAAAUACCGGAGAGCGAAGAAGAUCCCACGGGCUAUGAGAGCGACGAAGAUUUUGAUACUGUGGAUGCUGACAUGCAACGACUUGAGGAAAAGCUUAAGAAGUUUGAGAAAGAACUGGGCGAGAACAACGAAGGUGCUCCUGGAGAGGGAGAGAAAAUCGUGUGUCUGCCGUAUGACUCAGCAUUACGGUCACAGGACAUAGAGGCUCUCUGUAUUUCCCCAUUACCGAAGGUGUUCCCAGCGGUGAGGUCCGCCAAGACUAAACACCUUAGUCUCAUGACUCGGUUGGAGGUCCAAGAGUAUGAAGACUCAGCCAGCGAGUCUGAGAGUGAGUCUGAGGCCGUCUCCUCCAGUGACUCAGCUGACUUCCUCUUUGUCAAGACUAAAAUUAAGCUCAAACCGGGAGACCGCAAGUGUCGCUCCCUCGACCAGAAGCGAUCUAAAGACUACAAUAUUUUAAACAAGUCCCGUGAAGACAAGAAAAGAGGUGGCCGAGGGAGAGAGAACUCGUACGGGUGUGAAGAACAGCUGGACCUGAGUAGUUUAAACUUACCCGUAACUACUCUGGAGGAGGAGACGGGCUACGCCAUCCCUGACACUCAACAGCCUGUUAUGAGUGACGGUGCAGGUGGUAGCUCCACACCAACUGGCCACGACGUUAGUGAUGAGUGUCCAGCCCCGCCACAGAUGGUUAAUGUCCCACCUGACAUGGAACAAUUGGGUGGUGGAGGAGAGGAGACCAGCCACGCUUUACUCCACUGUGAAGAUCAUAUCCUCCUGGGGUACAUCUGGCACGAGGAAGAUGGUAUGUCUUCUGUCGACUUUGAAGGGUUAGAAGAUUUUCAGAGUUUCGAGGGGCAGGGAGCUCUGAUGAUUAUGUUCGAGGACGAUAAUGAUGAUGACAUGUUCUGUGAUGAGCUCAGUGAUGGUGAUGUACUGCCCGAGGCGACAGAUGUGUCGUCUGGCCAGCAGUCAUCUAAGGAGUACCUGGCUGAGGGAACUGAAGGUGAGGACGAGCCGGGAUGGUCCAGAGCGUCUGGGAGUAACACCCUGCCAAGAGCUCCUCAGCGUUCUCGUAGAGGUUCAGAGAGAACUUUCGUCGCUGCGUUCAAAAACAGUUUAAAAAAAGCUACUAAAUACUUGGGACCAAAGAGCGAGACUCAACCAAGAAAGGCAAGCCAAGGCACCGAAGACUCUGAAUGGUCACAACACAACAACAACAACAACAAAGCAACUACCGCUCAUCUACCUCGUGGCCUCUCUUACCCAGAGAGACGGUGCUCUAUGGGUGUGGGCGUGGGCGAAGGGAGCAGCGCGGGCGUGUAUAACGUGCAGAGUGGUCGGGUAGCUGCGGUAAUGACCCACAGUCCGAUCAGCGACAGUGAAGGUCCAGAAGCGUACUGUAGCUCCGGUGAAUACUACGCUGCCCCCGCCCAGUGUGUCAACACAUCAGACGAGGACCCGCCCCCUCCCCUCCUUCCCUCUUUUGCUCAAGGCGGCCACUUCCAACCCCAAAACCAUACUCUCGACAUUCACAAUUUCACUCACGACACCUCUGGUCCCCCACCCGCACCACCCCCUCGAUGGGUACAACGCAAGUUGCAUGCACCUCAAGACUUAAACGCUGGUGUCCCUCGUGGUUUGCCCCCCAGUGUACAAGGCGAUUGUUAUACCCAUUCUGUGUUGUCACAGCCUCCCGCACCCUCAAACUCCCACGUGUUAGCUCAGUCUUCGCACACCACUACUCACACUCUGCCUUCCACAGAACUCCCCACUGAUGGGAAUGAAAUGCAGUUUUUUCUGGUUGGCAUUCCUAAUAUAUUGCCAGCAAGAGGCGAGACUCGUUUGCCAGUGGUGAGUCCUGGUAUGAAUGAGCGACUAGGGGGGAGGGACAGGGAACCUAUUGAAGAUAUGCCCCCGCCGCUCCCGGCCCCCCCAGUCUACGAUGAUAAGUUUGUACCUGGGGAUAGCUGGCUUCCAGACAACUACCCUCAACACACGAACAGUAAUUACUCGUGCGUCGUACCCAACCACAGACUUGUAAGAGAUAACACAGACCUCCCCCUGGACUCUACCCUUCACGCGAGUGACGCCCCCCCUGCCUUACCCUCCCAUAAACCCACGUCUGUAAAGCAGCUUAAACGGAAACAACAAGAAAAGGUUCUUCGCCAGGAAGCCGAAGAAGCGGUAGGGUGCACGUUCUGCAUGGGCACUCCCUUAACACGUGCUCGGCCACCUGAAGAUUCUGGCCAUUGGCGCCAGCCCAGUCCACACCCCCGAGGCAUCAGUGACCGGCGCUCUUGGCCUCCCAGAAAAUGAUCCAGGAGUGUGUCUACGCUAGCUCAUAAGGGGGAAUAUUGUGGCAUUUUUGGAAAUAAAUGUAUUUAUGUAGAA